AUGAUAAGUGCUGUUCAACAACACACUGUGGUCCAGACAACACCACAACAAAUCAUCAAGACUGAUAUCAGACGCGAAAUCAUUACUAUACCCCAGUCAACUGUACAACAACUACACCAACGAGAUACCCACAAUACCCCACCCGGAAUCAUGUCGUCCGUCGUCGGAGACCGAGGCGGCGCAAACAGUCCUCUGAACGAAACGGCCAAUAAUCUACAAGAGGACGUCCCCUCGACAAAGGUAGCUGAGGACACUGCACACGCAGGAGUCCAAGUAGCUCAAGACACGGAAAAAUCAGUACCGCGAUCAAUCCCGGAUGUCAACGACUCGGAGUCACAACUAGAUCAGUCUAAUGAGGGUGACGAGGGUGAAAUGGUACCCGCAGCAGGCCGCAUAAACGAGAACGGUGAAGUGAUUGACGACGACGGCCAAGCUAUUGGCAAAGUCACCACCGGAGACGCUAAGGAAUUCGUCGGCUUCGUCGUCACACAAGAAGGUGAUGUUCUUGAUAACGAUGGCGGAGUUGUGGGCAAAGCCGAGCCAUUGGAGGAUGUGGCGUCCGAACUAGGCAACUAUACGACCAAGUCUGGCAAGGAGGACCAAGGCGAGGAUAAGACUAAGGGUGGCCCGCUCGAUGGCGUCGGAAAGGCAGUUUCUGGCGUUGUUGGAGAUGUCGACAAGGCGGCCCAAGGUGUAACUGGUGCGGUUGGUGACACAACUCAAGAUGUUACCGAUACAGUCGGUGACGCUUCCGGUACACCAAAUGUAACGCAUAAGGUUGGCGAUACGGUGAAGGUAUGGGAUCGUCAAGAGCCUUCCCAAUUUUGGUCUGUCCCAGGAGGGUCCUUGUUAACACGCUUUAUGCAGGACGCUACCGACAAAGUAGGAGAGACCGGCAAGGGCGUUACGGACGUUACCGGUGAUGCUACCAAAACUGCAACCGAUACCACUGGUGAGGCUAUCAAGCCUGUCGAAGAUACCGCCGACAAAGCUACGAGCGGUGUCACUGAAGAUAUCACCGAUAAGGUUGAGACGAACGGCGAGGAUGUUGGUGACAAGGUCGGAGAGACGACUGAGGUCCCCGGCGAUAAGGUUGAGCAGAUCGGCGAGGAUAUUGGUGACAAGGUCGGAGAGACGACUGAGGUCCCCGGCGAUGAGGUUGAGCAGAUCGGCGAGGAUGUUGGUGACAAGGUCGAUGAGUCCAAUAAGAGCGUCACGGAUAUUGCCGACACCACUAAGAACGUAAUUCCUGAAGAUAUUGACGCUGAGGAUGCGACCAAUAAGCCUGGCGACGUGGUUGACGGAGCCAAAGACACUGCCGACGGCGGCUUCCGUGACGCUAAAGUCGAUGAAGUCGAGGGCGAUGUUGGUGCCAAGACAGAGGACGUUGUCGGUGAUCUAGGUUCGAAUGUUGACGAAGCCCAAAACGCUGCUGAGGGUGUCCCCAAGGAGGUUGAUGCUAAAGUUGACGAGGUCGAGGGUGAUGUCGGUACUAAGAUAGACGAAGUUGAUGACGAACUUGCUUCAAAGGCUGAGGGAGUCGAAGGAGAAGCUAUCGAGGCGCCUGACGGAGGGGAUGUUGAGGCUGGUGAGGUGGCUGAGAGAGUAGACGGGGCAGAGGGAAAAGUUGAUGAGCUUGCCGAAGGCGAAGUCAUCCAAAUCCCAGAAUUUGCCCCCUCAGUCGCCCAAAAAGUCGUCGCCAUGUUCGAAGGUCCCUUUACAGUCAAGGACGAUGGUCAAGUCACGGACCAAAACGGCCGCAUCUUGGGCCGCCUAGCUGAGGGGCAAGAUUACCAAAAUCUCAUUGGGAAGAACAUCAAGGGUAUUGACGCGCAAGGUAAUUUGCUGGGCGAUAAUGACACAGUCCUUGGUAAGGUCGACCUCGUGCCCGAGGGAACUAUUGCAGACCGCAUCAAGGAAGAAAUCCCCGAGGCUGGGGAGCGUCUUGACGCUCUCGCCAAACAGAAACUCCCUGAUAUAUCUGUCCUCGAAGGUCUGAAGAUAAACAAGGCCGGUAAUGUUGUGGACAAGAACGGCAACCUCAUGGGCCGCGUUUCGGAGGGGGACGUCAAGCGCCUCAUCGGCAAGGAGAUUGAUGCGGAAGGCCAAGUUUGGGAUGGCAAAGGCAAUGUCAUUGGCAAGGUAGAAGUCCUACCCGAGGCCAUUGAGAAUUUGUCCGCACCAUUCGAGGACUUCCCCGAUGCAACCGUCGACAAAUAUGGCAAAGUCAUCUUCGAAGGUCGACAAGUCGGUGUCGUCGAGGAUUUUGAUCAGCAGUUUAUUGGCAAAAAAGUCGACGCUGACGGAGACAUACUUGAUAAGAAUGGCAAUGUCAUUGGCAGGGCCAUACGGAAAGAGGCUGAGGAUGAGCCAGAGCCCGAAGUUGAGCAAAUAGAUUAUUCUGUACUCAAGGGCAAGAAGGUGAAUAAGUUUGGCAACGUUGUUGACGAUAAAGGUGCCGUCUGGGGUCAUGUUGUCCAGGGUGUACUGAAGAAUCUUGUUGGCAAAAAAAUUGGUGACAACGGAGAAAUUUUCAACGACGCUGGUCAGGUUAUGGGCAAGGCCGAGCCCAUCCCCGAAGCGGACCGUGAGGAUGCGAAAGAGCCUGCACCAUUCGAAGACUUCCCCGAUGCUGUUGUCGCCGACAAGGGCAAGGUUAUGUUCCAUGGCGAACAGGUGGGUAUCGUCGUUGAGGGUGAUGAGAAGAAGCUUAAGGGCAAGACCGUCGACCCUGAGGGCGAUAUCCUCGACAAAAAUGGUAAUCAACUGGGUCGUGCCGAGCGGUGGGAAGCGCCCGAAGAGGAGCCUGAGCCUGAGAUCGAUAUGUCGGCUCUUGCUGGAAAGCGCAUCAACAAAGCUGGUAAUGCCGUUGACAGUCACGGCGAUAUAUAUGGCCGUGUUAUUGAGGGAGAUCUCAAGCGCCUCAUUGGCAAAAUGUGUGACAAACAAGGCUUUAUUCGCAAUGAGGGUGGAGACGUCAUCGGCAAGUGCGAAUUGAUCCCCGAAGCAGAACGCGAUGGUAUGAACGAGGGUCCUUUUACUGAUCUUCCCGGCUGCACUGUCAACAAAGAAGGCCAUGUUGUUACCCCUGGUGGUGACAUUGUCGGCCGCCUUACCUCAGGGGAUCCUAAGGUUCUAUUCGGUCGCGCUAUCGACGACGAUGGUGACAUCCUCGAUAAGAAUGGCAAUGUGCUAGGCCAUGCCGAACGCUGGGAGCCUGAGGAGACGCCCAGGGAUGUGAACCCCAUGUCGGGCCGCAAAGUUAAUCGUGAAGGUAAUGUGGUCGACGAGAACGGGGAUAUCAUUGGCAAAUUGACUUCGGGCGAGCUAUCCAAGUGCGCUGGCAAGAAGAUUGACGAUGAUGGCGAUGUCGUCGACCAAAAGGGAUCAAUUUGCGGUCACGUCUCACUACUCGAAGACAUCCCUGAGCCGGAACCUGAGCCGGAGCCGGAGGGCGAAACAGAGGAACAGAAGGAGGAGCGUCUCAAGCUGGAGCAAGACCGUAAGAUUGCGGCCCAGAUCUGCACUUGUAUUGAACAUUCACUGGACAAAAUUCGGCCUAUUUGCAAGAUGAUCACGACGCUUAUCGACAAGGCGGAGCGGACGAAAGAAGAAGAACGCGAUGAGGAGGAACUUGUUAAGCAAGUUCGUCCCCUUAUCGAGGAAGGUGGCAAAAUCCUCACCGAGGCCAAUGGAGUCAUACGCGGUCUCGACCCUGACGGUCGUAUCUCGGCUAACGCCAAGCAUAAGACUGCGGCACGGGAGGCUACCCCUGAAGAGUACCGUCUCGCAGACUUGCUAAAGGAGCUUACCGGUACGGUGACUGAGACGAUUGAGAACGCUAAGCGGAAGAUUGAGGACAUGCCUCACGCGAAGAAGGAGCUCAACCCGCUCUGGGGACUGCUUGCCGAGCCGCUGUUCCAGAUCAUUGCUGCUGUCGGCUUGUUGCUCAGUGGUGUUCUGGGACUUGUCGGUAAGCUUCUUAAUGGGCUUGGUUUGGGUGGGCUGGUGAAUAACUUGCUGGGUGGAUUGGGUAUUACCAAGGUUUUGGACGGCCUAGGUCUUGGAAAGGUGCUUGCGCCGAUUACGGGAGGAGGUGGUGGUGGUAAAAAGAAGUCUGGUGGUGGUCUACUUGGCGGGAUUUUGUAA